UUCCUCUUGCAGACGCCGUCCUCUUCAAACCCUAACCCUUAUUGCAGGUUGGAUUGGUCCAGUAAUCAAGGCGAGAUUUUUUGAUCCAAUCCCACUUCGGAAAUCAAUUCUCGUCCUUUUUUCCCCUGAUUUUUGGGUACAUUUUUUAUAAUAAAGAGCGAAUUUUUGAUUCGUUUCGCCAUCUACAACAUGCGGGCCGCUUGGUCUCGGACCCUUGACAUGGCGAUCCCCUUGCCCCACCUCCUCCACUCGGACCGGCCCCUCCCAGCGGCCGCGUCGCACGCCACGCCCCCGUCCGCCUCCGAAUCCGCCGCCCCGCCCCAAGACGAGCUGAAGCGCGUGGCCGCCCACCGCGCCGUGGAGCUGGUGGAGUCCGGUAUGGUCCUCGGUCUCGGCACCGGCUCCACUGCUGCCCACGCCCUCGACCGCAUCGGCGACCUCCUUCGCUGCGGCGUCCUCCGGGACAUCGUCGGCAUCCCCACCUCCGAGUGGGCGGCCGCCCGUGCCGCAGCCGCCGGCAUUCCCCUGUCUGACCUCAACGCCCACCCCGUCGUCGACCUUUCCAUCGACGGCGCUGACGAGGUCGACCCGGCUCUCAACCUCGUCAAGGGCCGCGGCGGGUCCCUCCUCCGCGAGAAGAUGGUGGAGGGAGCCAGCCGGCGCUUCGUCGUCAUCGUCGACGACUCCAAGCUCGUCCCCCGCCUCGGUGCCAGCGGCCUUGCGGUUCCCGUGGAGGUCAUCCCCUUCGGUUAUGCCCUCACCCUCCGUCGUCUCCAUAAACUCUUCCAUGGCGUGCCCGGCUUCAAUCUCAAGCUCAGGACCGCCUCCGUGAACGCCAAAGCCAGCACCUUUGAGGAGGAUGGGUUCGAAUUGGAGCCAUUUGUGACGGACAACAAGAACUACAUAGUGGAUUUGUUCUUUGAGGAAGGGAUCCACGGCGAUCUCAAUCUGAUUAGCGACGAGAUUCUGAGGAUCACCGGAGUGGUUGAGCACGGGAUGUUCCUCGGAUUAGCGUCGUCGGUGAUCGUGGCCAGGAAGGAUGGGGUGGUGGUGAUGGACAAGUAGAUGAAGUUAAAUGGUAUUUGAGAACCAUACUUAAUUUUUAGAUAAGCUAAUUAUAUAUUGCAUUUAUAUCAACAAAGGAAGCCACUUGAUUCAUAUCAUGAAUUCUUGAAAUCAGGAAUUGCGAUUAUUGUAGGAAGAGAAGAUGCUAAGUCUGUCUCUAUGAACUUUGGUUGGGGAUUUAACAUAUAGUCAAAAUUGAUAAGAUUUUGUUGACAUUCUUCCUCUAGUUUGUUACAAGGAAUUGUGAUGUCUAACCCUUUGAUAUCAAAUUAUUAAUUCACUUCUGUUGCAA